AUUAUAUUAUAAGAUGUUCAGAUCUCAAGAAAUGAGUUAUUUUUAGUUAGUAAUGCCAUAAGAUAGUGCAUGGACUAUCAUGGAUUAAUUAGGAUAUCUCAGUAAAGUGGAGAUAAUUGACCAUAAUCCUAAUGAAGCUUUAAUUAAUAGACCAUUUGCAAAUUAUGUUAAAAGGUAAAUAAUUUUAGUAUUACAUUAGAUGCGAUGAUUUGAUUGUUAAAAUAGAGAAUAUGCUUUAGGUAGCAAAAAAUUCAAAUUUGCUAUCUAAUUAUAAGAGAGGAAAUUUGAAAUAGUUUACAAAACAAGUAUUCCAUAUAAUAUAAUUAAUUGUUUAUAGCAAAAUUCUCACACUCAUACAUAUCUAGAUAAGAUUGAAGAGGACAUUAACAAAAAAACUUCAUCUUUUCAGGAAUAAAAUAAACAUCUUGAAUAACUUAUUGAUUAAUCAGAAUACAUUUAAAAUUACAUUGAAAUCUUACUAGAGAGUUAAAAGUAUUUAGGGGAUAAUGUAUUUUAAAAUUAAUCAAUCUCAAAAUUUGAGGCAUAUGUUGGCAUACUCAAAAAUUAAGAACAACUAUAGUAUUUAAUUUUAAUAAAAUAGAUUUCAUCGAGUAAUUUUUAGAGUAACUAAAGGAAACUCUUUUGUUCAUUUAAAAAGAAUGAAUGAGAAACAAUCGAUUUUCAUUAUUUUAUUUCCAAACAUAGGAAACUAUGGAAAAUCAAAAAUUGUAAAGAUUGUAGAAUAAAUGUCAUAAGGAAAGUUUAGUUUGCCUUAGAGUCAAUUAGAAUUCGAAAAAAAAAUAAAUGAAUUGAAAAUAAAGCAAGCUGAAUAUAUUAAUGUAAUAAACAAUACAGAAUCUAGCUUAUACAAAUGACUCAAAAUUAGUUGUGCAAAUGUAUCUCAAAUAUGAUGGUGAUAAGAAAUGGAUUACCACUAAUAGAAUAUUAUAAGUUUUAUUUAAUAAAAGAAAAGGAACUAUAUAAAGAGCUAAAUAAGCUAAAAAUGCAAGGGAGAUUGUUCCUAGGAGAAUUAUGGGUGCCAACAAGAGAUAUAUAAUCCUUAGAAUAAACUUUAUAAUUAAUUAAAGAACAACAAUUAAAUAAUCCAGGAGGUUAAUUAGCAUAAAGAAGUCCUCCUGAUUAACUUUAGAAACCUACCUAUUUCAGGUUAAAUGAGUUCACAUCAAUAUUUUAAGAAAUAGUGAAUACAUAUGGGAUACCAAGAUAUCAAGAGAUUAAUCCUGCAAUAAUAACAAUAAUUACAUUUCCAUUUUUAUUUGGAGUAAUGUUUGGAGAUAUUGGACAUGGAUUUGUACUAUUUAUGUUUGGAUGUUAUCUAUGUUUAUUUAAGAAUAGGUAAUUCUAUAGAUUAAGAUAUCUGAUUUUAUUGAUGGGUUUAUUUAGUUUUUAUUCAGGAUUAAUUUAUAAUGAUUAUUUAAGUAUAUCAUUAAAUUUGUUUAAAACUUGUUUAAGAUCAUAGGAAUAGUGUGUAUACCCAUUUGGAAUAGAUCCAAUGUGGGGAGGACAUUUAGAGUUUAAUGACUCAUUUAAGAUGAAAUUAAGCAUAAUAAUAGCAUUUUUCCAUAUGUUGUUAGGUAUUGUCUUAAGUGGUUUGAAUUAUUUGUUUUUGGAAGAUUGGUUAAGAUUAUUUUGUAAAUUCAUACCAUAAUUAUUAUUUUUGGUUUGUACAAUAGGAUAUAUGGUGUUUCUAAUAGUAUAUAAAUGGUUGACAAAUUUUGAACCAAAAAAUGCUCCUAGUAUAAUAACAACAAUGAUAUCUAUGAUAUUAAAUUUAGGAAGAAUAUCAGGUCCUUAAAUGUGGGAAGGAGAUUCUUAAGAUUAUAUUUAAUAUUGUUUGUUAUGUAUAAUAUUAUUUAUUUAUUAUUUAGUAAUAACAAUUAUUUCAAUACCAUGGAUGUGGUUUCCAACAAUUAUAAGUCAUUUUCUAUUAAAGAAAAGUCGCCAAUAAAAUGAAGGUAAACGUAAGACUCACAGAAUAGAUUAUGGAUAAUUAAUAGAAGAACCAGGAAUUGAAAUGUCCUAAACUUUUUCUUACAGUCAUGAUUAAAUAAAUGUUAAACAGAAUGAACAUAUUGCAGAAAUCCAGGAUUAAACAGUUCAAUUAUAAUCAAAAGAUAUUUCCCAUGAAGGAAUUCAAGACAUUAUUGUUCAUGAAACCAUUGAAACUUUAGAGUUUGUACUUGGAGUUUUAUCAAAUACAGCUAGUUAUUUAAGAUUAUGGGCAUUAAGUUUGGCCCAUUCACAACUUUCAGAAGUGUUCUUUGAAUUGUUAUUAGUUUAGCCAAUUAAUCAUGGAUAGCCAAUUAGUUUAAUGAUAGGAUUCCUUUUUUGGGCUUUGAUAACUUUUGGUGUUUUGAUGUGUAUGGAUAGUAUGGAAUGUUUUUUACAUUCUUUAAGAUUACACUGGUAAUAUUCAUUUUAUUACUCAAGGGUGGAAUUUUAAAAUAAGUUUUUUAAAGGAGAUGGAGUCUAAUUUAAUGUAUAUUCAUUUAGAGAUAGAAUCAAAGAAACUGUUAAUUUAGAGUAAUAGUGAAGGAUUAGAGUUAUGUGUUUAGAAUUAACUAAGAUAGGAU